AUGUCUCUUUUCGGUACACCCCAGCCUGCCCAGACAGGUGGUGGUCUGUUUGGUGCGGCGAAUACGGCGCAGAAGCCAGCAGGUGGCUUGUUCGGUGCCAGCGCAGGGACAGGUACCCAAUCCAGCGGAGGAUUAUUUGGCGCGACACCGAGCCAGCCACAGAGCACUCCCGCAACAGGCGGUGGCCUCUUCGGGUCCUCUACAGCAAAUCAGACUCAACAGCCGCAGCAAUCGGGCGGGCUAUUCGGAUCAAGCACCGCGCAAAAGCCUGCAGGCGGAGGCUUGUUCGGGGGUCUAGGGCAAUCCACCCAACAACAACCCCAGCAACAACAGACUGGAGGACUUUUCGGAUCGAGUACGGCACAGAAGCCCGCGGGAGGAGGCCUCUUUGGUCUAGGGCAAUCGACUCAACAACAGCAGCCUCAGCAACAGCAGCAGACUGGAGGACUUUUCGGUGGGCUGGGCCAACAACCCCAGCAAUCUCAGCAGGCACAACAGGCCCAGCAGUCGCAAUUCGGCCAGACAACGAUGGCUACGCCACAAAACCAACAACAACAAUCUCUGUCCUCGAGUCUGUGGUCUCCUGGCCGCGCUAUCACCGGAGUCCACCGAACUGUCCCAAUGCAACUUGAAAUUGUCACUGAAAAGUGGAAUGCCUCAAGUCGUACAUCUCCCUUCCGGGCCUACCUUUACAAUAAUGUCGGUGAAGAAAACGCGCCUUUCUACCAACCCACCCCCGAAGAUGACGAAGCGAAAUGGGAGGAAGCCUUGCGCAAGCGAACCAGUCCUGGAUACGUACCCGUCCUCGUGAAAGGUUUCUGGGAGCUGGGAAAGCGAGCUCAGCGCCAGAAGGACUUCCUUUCCAUGAUGCAAACACGCCUCCACGAAAUCAACAACUGCCUCACCGAUAUGCUAUCACGACACGACCUGAAAAUCUCAGUGAAGAUUGCCGACUGCCGUCGCAAGCACAUGGUUCUGAGCAAGCGCUGCCUUGCCCUUGCGGCUAAGACGCAGAUCUUGCGCAACCGGGGUUAUGCCAUGGAUGAUGCCGAAGAGGAAUUGAAGAAGAAGUUGGCCCAACUAGAGCGCUCCGUUUUCGACCCAUCCCUGAGUGGCCGGGCCGAAGAAAUCUGGGCUCGCAUGCUGGCCAUUCACGAGCACGGCAAGCGCCUGCAGGCUGAUAUGGAGCGCGUUGGGGCAACUAUGGGCUCGAACGGUGAGGAUGAGAUUGACGAACACACUAUGAAGACGGCGAAGAAGAUUCUCGACGACUAUCACACCCAGAUUCAGCACCUGCAGAAGGAGCUCGAGUCUGUGAAGAAGGAAUUCGACGAGGCUCAGAAGCUGAACGGAAACUAG